AUGACAUAUGGAAUGGAUAACCCACAGAACUUCGGGACUUGGAUGGAUCUAAUCCCAUCCCGUGUCGGAUCCAGCGCUGCCCUGGAUCUUGGGGUCAUAUAUGUCCUAGACAGCUUCAAGUCUCACCUCUACGCGAAUGUAACCAACGAGAAAAGGACCUGCGUCUCUAGUACGAGGGCUCUUCACAGUCUCCGGCGUGCUGUCAAAGCUUGCGAAUGGCCGUCCUCAGAAGCCUUUUCUGACCUUCUCCUAAGUGUUAGACUUCAUCUGUCUGCUGAGACAUUCCGUGGAUUGGGCACUUACACAUUUGUAUUACAUGUCCUGGAGCUUUCGAAGAUGAUGACCCAUAGUCGACUCGGAGGAUCAGACACUGAAGCAGGGAGGAAGAUCCUUGAAUCCAUAUACUAUGAGGAGGUUGUGAUAUCAACACUUAGGGGGGAAUAUUCCAAGUUUGACGACGCUUCCUGGCUAGUACCAUUGUCGGAGCCUCAUGCACCUUCCUUCCAGCUUGUAUCGAUGGCUGUAAUGGCGAAUUUUAUACAAAUACCUCGCUUGGUUGAUUUCAUCCGACUAAGUCAUACACGCCCUGCCAAAGCCACAGAAGCAGUUUCACUAGCGAAGCGUCUUUAUCAAAAUAAUUGCCAGCCAUGGAUGGAUCAUAUAUUGCAGGAAGAGACUAAAGUGAUCCUGACAAGCUGCGUGCGUGUUCUACCCUUUGUACAGGAAAGCUACCAUUUCAAGUCAGUACAUGUGUUUGAACUUGUGACACGUUACUUCGCUAGUCGGAUUCUGCUAUGUGGGAUAAUUCAAACGCUCAGUACGAUUACUCCACUCGCCAGCGUCUUCGAUAUAUCUUCCGUGGAAAGUGAAGACUUGGAAGUAGCAAAAGGCGUGGCCAUGUCUGUUGAGUAUGCACUAAACUCAGAUAAACCACUUCCCUUCGCAGCUCUGCAUAUUGUGAAAAUUCUGAAAAUCACAUUUGGAGCUUGGCAGCGACUCGAAAAGAGACAGGCUAGGAAUGAAGAACGUGAGUUUGCCUGCUGUAUGAAAAAUUGGUGCCUCGAGGUAACCAAUCACAUUCUGAAAAUGUGGAAUUGCCCGCUUGAGACUAAGAAUCAACUGGAACUGCUGGCAGGAGCUAUGGUUGGGAAUGCAGUGCCCUCGUUUCUUGUCAGAAGGGUAGACCCGUCGUUGAUACUUACUUCACAGGAUUCUGCUAUAUUAUGA